GUUACAGCACGUCGGUCAGCGUAUGCCUAGCCCAGCUGAACCUGUGACGGAACCCAGACGAGAUCCCGGGCCGACAAAUUUUUUGAAAGCUUGCUCUGCAGCGCUUUUGCCAUGGCUGAAGGAGCAGUAGCAACGGCAAGCUCACCUGCCAUCGAUUUGGGUGAGGAUUUAAACUGUGCAAUAUGUAUGCAGAUAUUGUACCAACCUCUGACGCUACUCGAUUGCAUGCACACUUUUUGCGGUGCGUGCCUAAAGGACUGGUUCGCUCAUCAAGCUGCAAGCGCGCGCAGCAUACAUCCCUAUACCUGCCCAUCAUGCCGCGACUCAGUGCGAACAACGAAGCGCUAUCCGUUGAUAAUGAACUGGCUGGAAAAACACUUGAGCAAGAACCCAGAUAAGGCGCGCUCAGAAGAGGACAAGCGCGAACAUGAAGAGAAGUACAAGCCUGGGGACAACGUUCUGCCAAAGCUCCGGCUGCGACAUCCACCCCCGGAUGAGGAGGAUAAUAGGCUCAUGGAAGAGGUCAUGCAGAUGAGCUUACGGGAGGCUGGAAUCACAGAAAGCUCAACGCAGGCAAACACUUUACAGCCCACGGAUAGCAGAAGGCCAGGGCUGGGGCACGUCGGAGGGGGAAGCAGAAGUCGCAAUGGGUCUCGCAGUCCAGGACGUCGCUCGACAGAGCGCUCGCGGGAGGCAGAAAGGAAUGAAGCCGACCUGCCUUCACCGACGCAGCGAGAAACUAGUACAAGACAGGUUGAGCACCAGUCCAGCUUGAUAUCGCUCCUCAGCGUCUCUGAAAUGAGCCCAGAAGAGAUGCAGCAGGAAAUCACAAGGAUGAUUGCAGAUGAGGGCCUGUUGGACGACGUCGAUCUGAGCAAUCUCGAUGCGACUAGAGAAGAGGAGCUAAGUGAAAGAAUCGCUGCAGCUUACAGGAGGCGGAAGGAAGAUGCGAGACGACGUCGUCGGGAGGCAGAUGCCGCCCGUGACCGUAGCAGGCAUCAGGAUCGAAACACUCAACGAGCGCCCAGUUCGAGAACGUCGAGCCGCCCAGGAACUGAGGAAAACGGUACACGGGCAACGGACAGGCGAAGAACCGGCGAUGCUCGACCACCUCCAAUAUCGAAUCCGCAACUUAUUGAUUCGGCCAACCAAGGACAGGCACGUCAUCGGCGGUCUGGAAGCUCAGGAAAUAGUCGAGCGACGGCCAGGAUGGACAGCGGUGUGGCGUCGUUGCCAUCACCUACGCUAGCGCCUAUAUUACCCGUUGUGUCUACUUCAGAGGAGAGCAGGCGACGACAGUCCAACGAACGAAGUGCGACUGAUCCGAACAGAGCACCUACGGGCAGUCACGUAUCGCAACAAGCAAGUCCUGGUUCUGCACCAGCCACGCCGCGAAACGCAGAGAUGUCUCAUGCUUCUUUUAGGACUCAUGUGCGUCAGAGAUCCGACAGCAAUCCUCAGCAUUCACCGAGGUUGGGCAGCUCUAACACAUUUCCACGAACAAGCCAUAACCACAGCACAUCUUCACUUCCCAUUGGGCUUAAUCAUUCAGCAACAGAUCCGUUUGGUAUUUCCUCGUCAGGAUCUGGCACAUUGAAUCUCCCUUCGUCUGCUGGGAGACCAUCUUCAUCCUCAUCUACAUCUGCCCACAGUAGGCCAGUCUUGCACACCGAGCCAUCAAUCUCUUGCAGCAAGUGCGCAAAGGAACAUAUUGAAUUUGAGGUCCACUACAAUUGUCCCAAAUGCUCCACGGAAAGUCAGCCCUACAAUAUUUGCAAAUCGUGCUUCCGUCAUGGAAUGGAUAACUGCCAAGGGUGGUUAGGCUUUGGAUCGGCCGCGAUGCGCGUCUACGAGUCGCGAAUGCACUCGAAAACUCAACCGCCAAGUUCUUUAGAGAAGCCACACGUCUUUACGGCACAACGCUACGUUAGACCAAAACAUCCACUUGUCCCUUCUCCGACAUCGGACCGCCCUCAUCGACAGCUCACGUACGAAGAUCCAGCAAAGCGACUAGAGAAAGGCGUGUUUUGCGACCAAUGCUCGGCCUUCGCCAACAACUGUUAUUGGAAGUGCGAUGCUUGUAAUGACGGCGAAUGGGGAUUCUGCAACGACUGUGUGAAUCAGGGAAAGCAUUGCACGCAUCCACUUCUGCCUCUGAAGGCCCGAGAGAGCGAGUAUACGAGUAUUAGCCAAGUGGAUGGCCAUUUAAGUGCUCCGACACGGCCAGACGCCGAACAACACCCGUCACCGCCGCUUACGCCAAAGUCGGCCUCCAUAAUCGAUGGUCCUGUUGUCAUACCUGUUGCAAACAUACCAUUCCAGCCACUCACCUUCCAUACUCUAUGUGAUCUGUGCACAAAUCCCAUACCGCCGUCAGUAACACGCUUCCAUUGUCCACAGUGCAACGGGGGCGAUUACGACAUAUGCAUGAGUUGCUAUCACGGACUGGUGGCCACGGGAAAGAUCAGCAGUGUCAACGGCCCGCAAGGCUGGCGCAGAUGCCCUCAGAACCACCGCAUGGUUGUCAUCGGCUUUCAGGAUGCCGGCGGAGGCCAACGUCGCGUCGUGGCCCGCGACUUGGUCGGCGGGUGGACUUUCUUCGAAGAACCUCAAGGCUCUAACAAUGCCGUGAACACCACCUCCGUGGGGACUCGAAAAUGGCGAUGGACUGGCGACAACGGGCAGGAACAAGAAGCGGAUCCUGAGUACCGGACGCGUUUAGCAGGCCAUGUCCGCAUCCCACCCGAUGGAGGAAUCGGUCUUGUCUUCUACGCACGCUGGAAUUACUUCCCGGAAAACGCGACGGAUAAGGACCUUUGCUUUCCCAAGGGAGCGGAGAUCAGAGAGGCAGAAGACAUCAACGGCGAUUGGCUAUGGGGGGUAUACGCCGGAAAGACGGGAUUGUUUUUCGCACCGUACGUCAACUUCCUUCGCAAAGUUACAGUAUGAGGUCAAAAUUUAGAACACAGAUUCUAAUAAAGUAUUGGAUGUAUAUGUUAUGAUGUGUGAUGAGCAUUCUUACUAUGGUCAAUGGCGGUUCAUUGGACGCUGUGUCUUCGUAACAAGCAUACAAAAUGACAUGAUUGCUUUUCCUUUCUCUC